AUGACAUCUUCCGGAAACACAGUGGAUGAUGAUGACACUUUUAAGAUUCUCAUUGCCACUGAUAUCCACCUGGGCUACCUGGAGAAAGAUGCUGUUCGGGGGAAUGACACUUUUGUGACAUUCGAUGAGAUCAUGCAGUGUGCCAAAAAGAAUGAGGUGGAUUUUAUUCUGUUGGGUGGGGAUCUGUUUCAUGACAAUAAGCCCUCUCGUAAAGCCAUGCACAGCUGUAUUGAGAUCAUGAGGAAAUACUGUAUGGGUGAUACGCCAAUCCUAUUUGAGAUCCUCAGUGACCAGGCUGUCAACUUUGGCAACAGCAGGUUUCCAUGGGUGAAUUACCAGGACGAGAACCUUAACAUCUCCAUCCCCAUCUUUAGUGUGCAUGGUAACCAUGACGACCCAACAGGGGCUGACGGUCUGUGUGCGUUGGACCUGUUGAGCUGUGCCGGGCUCUUGAAUCAUUUCGGCCGAAGCCGGUCCGUGGAGAAACUGGAGAUAAGCCCCCUGCUGCUGCAGAAAGGAUCCACCAGGAUCGCCCUCUAUGGCAUCGGUUCCAUCCCAGAUGAGAGGCUGUACCGGAUGUUCGUCAAUAACCAGGUGACCAUGCUCCGCCCACGAGAGGACGAGAACAGCUGGUUUAACCUCUUUGUCAUCCACCAGAACAGGAGUAAGCACGGUGCCACUAACUACAUUCCGGAGCAGUUUUUGGAUGAUUUUCUGGACCUGGUGGUGUGGGGCCAUGAACAUGAGUGUAAGAUCGCUCCAGUCCGCAAUGAACAGCAGCUCUUCUAUGUCAGCCAGCCCGGCAGCUCCGUGGCCACCUCACUGUCCCCGGGAGAGGCUGUCAAAAAGCACAUCGGGCUGUUGAGAGUCAAAGGGCGGAAGAUGAACCUCCAGAAGAUUCCGCUGCAGACGGUGAGGCAGUUUUUAAUUGAGGAUGUGGUGCUGGCUGAUCACCCCAAUCUCUUCAGCCCAGAGCAGCCCAACGUCACAAACAAAGUCCAGGCCUUCUGCCAGGAGAAGGUGGAGGAGAUGUUGGAGGAAGCUGAGAGAGAACGACUGGGGAAUCCACUGACGCCGGAAAAACCUCUUAUCAGACUCAGAGUGGACUACAGUGGGGGGUUUGAGGUGUUUAAUACCAUGCGUUUUAGCCAGAAGUUUGUUGACCGUGUGGCGAAUCCUAAAGACAUCCUGCACUUUAUCCGACACAGAGAAGCUAAGGACAAUGUUAAAGAGGACAGUCUGAACUUUGAUGCCCUGUUGUCUCGGCCGUCCUCUGAGGUCCUGCAGCUGAGAGUAGAGGAUCUGGUGAAGGAAUACUUUCAGACUGCUGAGAAGAACAUGCAGCUGUCCUUGCUGACGGAGCAGGGCAUGGGCAAAGCGGUUCAGGAGUACGUGGACAAAGAAGAACGUGAUGCUAUUGAAGAACUGAUCAAUUACCAACUGGAGAAGACACAGCGCUACCUCAAGGAGAGGCGUGUGGAGGCCACGGAGGAGAAGAUUGAUGAAGAGAUCCGUCGCUUCAGAGAUUCAAAGAAAAACACUUCAGAGGAAGAUGAGGAAGUACAAGAGGCUAUAAACCGGGCUCGAGCUCACAGAGACCGAGGUGACUCUGUGAGAGAGAACGAUGCCGACCUAUCAGAUGAACCCGUCGACGUUACCAUGGAAUCAGACGAAGACUCCGCCCCCGGCCCGCCAGUCCGUGGGAGAGGGCGUGGCUCCAGGGGCAGGGGGGGACGGGGUCAAAGUACAGCAACACGAGGAAGAGGAAGAGCAUCUGCGUCCCAGUCUGGGCGGGGAAGUCGUUCCCAGAAAGCACCUCUCUCCAGCCCUGCGAAAACCAAGUCCAUUAUGGAGGCCUUUCGUGCUCCGACACAGAGAAGCUCCCGCGGUCAGGGGUCAAAAUCCUAUGCUGAAGAGGUACGUAUAGACACACUCGAGGAUGAGUCCAAUGAAAACGUGUGCGCCUCCCUCUCAGUUUCAGCUUUAUUCGUGUCGUCGACGCUCCAGUCGGGGCCGCACGCGCGGAGUGGCCCCUGGGUAGAGUUCCUCGCUCUGGGUCACAUAAUUAUCGAUGAUGAUGAAUCAGAUGAAGACAUUUACCCAGUGAAGACAUCCAAGCCUACACAAAGGCCAGCCUCCGCUGCCUCCAGUAGCCGCAGCUCACAGAGUCAGAGCCAGACGUAUAAAGGGGUGUGUUUUGAAGACGACGAUGAGGAGGAGUUUGACCCGUUUAAAGGAUCGAGUCGACGGGGAAGGCGAUAA